AUGGGGAAAAUAAGGGUUGCCAUUGUCGGAGCUACCGGCCACACUGGUGGCUCAGUGGUGAAUGGGCUGUUGGAGGAAGGCAGUUUUGUAGUGGCUGCUCUUGUACGACCAAUGUCUAUAGAGAAACCAAUUGUCGGAGCUUUGCGACGACAAGGUGUUGAAGUCCGUGAAGCAGACCUUGAAGGACCUGAAGAGGAACUCGUCAGGGCUCUCAAUAAUAUCGACGUUGUGAUCAGCUGUGUCCGUGAAAGUAAAACACAGCAGCAGGAUCAGAUAUCGCUUGCCAAUGCUGCCAAAAUUGCUGGAGUCAAACGAUUUGUGCCUUGUGGAUUUGGUGUUGUUGCUCCACCGACUGGAGUUAUGCGACUCAGAGAACUGAAAGAAAUUGUGUACAAUCACAUCAAGAAACUCUGGCUGCCGUAUACAAUCGUGGACAUUGGUUGGUGGUAUCAGAUUGCAUUUCCAAGACUUCCGUCCGGAAAGGUCGACUAUGUGGCGAUGGGAAUUGCAGAUGAGAUUCUUGGUGGGGGAAAUGUUCCUUCCGCGAUCACCGAUUUGAGGGAUAUCGGACGCUACCUGGCAAAGAUCAUUGUUGACGAGCGGACUCGAAACAAAAUGGUCUUUGCGUACAAUACGGUGAUGACGCAAAAUCAGAUCUAUGAUUUAAUGGAAGAGAUCAGCCACGAGAAGCUUGAGAGAAAUUAUCUGUAUCAGGUUGCAGAUAAUACUAUCUAUGACAGGGUGUCAGAAUGCAGACUGUCGGCAGCUAGUUCUUCUACUGAUCCGACCACGUCGCACCCUCUUAUAUUAGCAGAACAUAAACUAUCAUGGGGUAUCCGCGGAGAUAAUAACCCGGACUACGCGAAGUAUCUUGGCUACCUAACAUCUAAGGAGUUAUACCCGGACUUCGAGUCUACCCCAUUCGGUGAUUACCUGAGAUCAGUUAUCGGAGGAACAAGUGAGGGCAGAACCUGGGGCUUACAAGACUGA